AGUCCACUCUACUACUGCCGCACACAGACAGACCCAGCAGAGUACAGGUGAGCUUCAGUGAGUGGACCAGCACGCGCCACACAGCAAUGAGUACUGCUGCUGCAGAGCCCGUCACCUGCAGGCCAUUCUAUUUAUCUUCAGGGGGUUACCUUGGAGAGGACAUGGUUUCAUGGAGGGAUGAGACAAAGUUGCCUUUUUGCACUUAAGCACCAGAUUCUUUUCAACAAGACUUUGAGUCUGAGCCAAAACAGGCUCAACAAAACAAAACAUUGACGAGGGGAAAAAUAUGAAGAAACAAGGUGAAGACAGACCCAAAGAUUUGCCGGGCAGAGUGUAACUCAAAUUGGGGUGAUGGCUUCUUCCUUAAUUGUUUUUUAGUACUGGAAAAAGAGCAGUGUGUUCUAAACACUUUGUUGGGCUGUAAUAUAAAAAAGUAACACAGGAACAAAGACAUAAUUGAACAGCUUCAAUGCAAAGCCAUCUUUGGAAUGACCUUUGCAGAGUGAAAUGUUAUUCCUCACAUGCGCCCAACAGCAGGAAACUGCCAUAUGCGCAGCUCCCUUUUCAUCUCAUACUGUAGUUAUGAUGGCCAAGAUAAAGAGCAGAUCUUUUCGCUGAAAGAAAAAUAAUCUGGGGGCUGGAGAUUUGGAUGAAGACAGAGAGAAGGCUUUGGUGACUGAAAUAGCGACGGAGGAAGAGCAACGUCUGGGAAAAGAAAAAAGGAGAUUUAGAGAAGACUGGGCUGUUUCUCGGCUCUCCAUGCCAAAAUGGUGCAUUUUUUUUUUUUUGUGGCAGACGUCCAGUGGAACUCAUUUGGGGAAUGUUGCCUAGGCCCUACAGGGAGAUCCAGUUAGAUAGAGAAUUAGACUUGAAGACAAAAGCUAGAGUACAGUUCUUUUUGAGAUUUUUCAGUCGACUGCAAGAAAACAUGUGGAAGGAUUUGUGCUGAAUGCACAACCACAACCGUUAGUCAACUGGAGAACCGUGCUACAUUCUUUGACACAUUUUUAUUUUGUUUUGUUUUUCGCUUUUCUCCCUGUAUACCAGUGAGGACUAAAACUUCAACAGGGAGCUUUGAUCCAACUUGGAUGAAAAGACUUGCAUAGAGGACUGCAGAGGAGUGAUUUGAACUUGGAGUAAGAAUGGAGAUGGAGAAAGGACACACGUCUUUGCGUAGAGGAGUGAGCUGUAGUCCAGAAGGAUUGACUAAACCUAUCCAGGCAGCACAAGCCACCACCGUGGAGGAGUCUAACACAACACAUGAAACGACUGGACACAAUGUGGAACAGAUGCGAAGCAAAACAAAUCUAACCAGGAGCGUCAGCUUAUCUGAGAAGGAGCUAAAGGAGGCCCGACAGAGAAGUCACAUCAUUGCUGCGCAGCUCACUGUCCCUUCCAGCUCCAGCUCCAGAGGCGUGCAACUCUUCAACCGGCGCAAGCAGAGAGUCAGCGCCUUCACACUGGAAAGCAGUGGAGUGCGCUCGAAGGAGUACGUAACCGGGAAUGUGAAACCCAACCCGUCAUGUGGCAAACUAACAUGGGCAGAGAGAAGUCGUGAGGAGAAGGACAAAGACUUGAACUAUAAGAAUUGCACUACCAACCCACUAUUCGUGCCUAUUGGGAGUACACAGGCAACAGGCGAUAGCAUGGAGGAACAAGGCGACUGUUAUGUUAAAGAAGAUGUAGCUGAGCUCAGUACUAUCCAAGAAAGACAUUUCCUCCCUGUGAAAGAAAUAGAUGAGCAGGAGGAGGAGCAAAAGGAUGCAGUCUACAAAGAACUUGAAGGCAAAGUCAAGGAUGAGCUUCCACCUGAAAGAGAAAAUACGAAUCCAAUUGCAAUGAAUCUUCUGGAGAAAGAGGCGGCGAUAAAUGGAGGCCACAUCUCAUCACCUCCUCUUGAAAAGCUUUCUAAUGGCUGCCAUGGACCGCCGAUUACAGGUGUGUUUGUAUCGAAGCAGACCACAACCAUCACCAAUCGAACUGCCAGGCCGUUUUUCUCACCGCUGACGGUGCAGUCUCAAGAGGAAGGUAGUCCUGUCAUGGACAACCUCCCGACUCGUUUUGCAUUCACUGCUCCCCAGCCAGUCGCAGUUUCACCUCCGCCCCCUCCGCCCCCUCCAGCAUAUCCCACACCUCCCCUACCUGCCUUCACAAACAAGCCUCCAAAGACGGAUUACUUCAGUCCACCUGUGACGACUCCCACUAACCCUCCACCAACGCCUGCCUUUACUGUAUCUCAGAAUGCUGCUUCACCACUUCCCCAUUAUGGGCCCCCAACAGCUCCAAAACCUUCCGCUUUCGUUCGUCAACCUUUUCCAGAAAGGAAGUCUGCGCCACCAAUAAAAACAGGAUUACUUGAGGAUAGUGCUGCCAAACGACCCACUAAAAAGUCGAUGUUCACGUUCAAAGAGAAGAAGGUUGUCGCUCCGAACCCUGAGUUGCUUUCUCUAGUGCAAGGGGUGGAUGAAAAGAAGAACCACAGGCAAAGAUCUGUGCCUCAGUCCGCAUCUGAGGAGGAGUUACUAGCACUGGGUGCGGAAGCAUCCAACUUCCUUGCCAAAGAGGAAGAAACGGCUGAAGAAGCCAAAGCCCCAGAGUGGACCUCCUGUCUGAAGAGCUCCAGAACCUAUACAAGGGUCGAACAUAAACCAGAACAGACCCUCAGUGAUGCAUCGGGAAAAGGUGCAGAUCUUUUUGCCAAGCGCAAGUCCAGAAUGGAGAAAUUCAUCGUUGAGAACCAGAAUGCAGGUCAACAUAUUAGACCUCCUUCUCCAACAAUGUCUUUGCCGCCAUCGUGGGUUUACCCAUCAAAUAUGCCGGGUAGGGUAAAAGCUAUUGCUAAAAACUCUGACAUGUGCGCUCAACUUGCACUCAACAUGAAAGCCCAACAAACUGCCAAGCCGAAACCAAGACAAACGGCACCAGCAACACAAGUUCAAGAGACCCCUGCUCUUGAGAAUGGUUGCUCCAAGAUCGAGAUGGACCUCUCAAGACACAAACCCUACCAACUUAACUCAUCCCUCUUCAUCCUUAAGCCAGUCAAGGAUCCGUUGAGUACCCUACCGAAAGGAGCACCGCAGUCCAAAAACGAGUUCCUCCCUCCAUCUUUAUCUAGACAGGCUUCCUUACCGAACAACCCUGCUUCUCUCUUUUCCACCCAGUCUCAAUCUCCUCAGUUUCCCGUCAACUCCAUCACAAGAGUAGACUAUCCAUCAAAUUCAGCCUGUGGGAAGCCAUCAACUGCUUUUUCUCCAACCCGUGUGUCAUCUCCUCGGCUGGGGAUCCAAGCACCAAAGCCAAGAUUUUCUGCCAAGAAAGCCGGGCUUGAAGCACAGAAACCAAAGGAACCCUCCCCAACCGAACCACCCAAUGAGACUCGGCUGGGCCCUACAAGGAAGUACAGCAGCCCCGACUGUCUCGCCAGUACAACGUGGAUGUCCGGUCUUCAAGCUAAGAGUCCCUCCGCGACCGUCUCCAGCCGAUCAGUCACAUCACCUAUUCCGUUUUCAAGGGUUGCAAGAUGCCAAUCUCCAAUGAGCAAUCAAGGGAUUCGGCUUUCGACAGUAUCAUCACCUUCCGUGACCGAGCCACCACAGACCUCGACAUCCACAUCUCCAUGCUCACCGCCUUGGGGUUCAAGAUGCCACUCCCCAAUGGUCUCCCAGAACAUCCAGUCAUCCGCCAAUUCCUCUGGUCAUGAUUUCAGAUUCCAAACGUCCAAUUCCUCUCGCUCGCAACCAUGGGGUUCAAGAUGCCAGUCCCCGGUAGUCCAUGCGCAAUCACCAAAUGCUUUACACACUUUAUCUAAAACAUCCGCAAACACCUCACCACUCUCUCCACCUUGGGGAUCAAGAUGCCAGUCUCCUAUGCUGAGCGUGAGUGCCGAGAAUUCCACCCUCUCCUCACUUUCUUCUUCCAGACCUUUUCAAACAUCUACAACUGCACCUCACCGUUCUCCUCCUUGGAGUCCAAGGUGUCAAUCACCAAUGGUAAUCCAGACUAUCCAUCCGUCCGCUAUUUCAACUUCCACACUUUCCAAAACAUCAACAACCACGCCUCCUGUCUUGCCCCCUUGGCGCUCACGUUCCCAGUCUCCUGCACUUUCUCAUACAAGUUUGUCUUUCCCUUCUGCGCACCGCCUGUCCGUAUCCUCUACCUCUUCUCCUGUUUCCCUACCCAAGGACAGUCGCUGCAUGUCCCCAAUCAGUAAUAAUUUAGACUCAAAGGCCAACCAUCGAAUGCUGGCAAAGAACAUAAUCAAUGCAGCCAAACGUAAAAACAGCCCCUCGCCAGGUGCAUUGAGCGGUCACAGUUUAGCUAUCUCACCUGUGGGCUAUGCCCUCCAUGGUUAUGACAGUAAAACAGUCCAAUCACGACCACUGGGGGGUCAGUCGCCUACCUUCGCCAGCCCUCCUCCAACCCCAACACAGCGGAUCUGCUCUCCUGCGAGGCUCUACAACACACGCUCUCUGACCGACUCGGAUGCAUCCAUAGAGUCCGAGGACUCGGGUCUGCGGUCACCUGGCAUGCACUCUUACAACACCUGUCCCCGUGGUUGGAGCGGCAGUCUGAGGGUGAAGAAAAGCACCAUCUCCACUGACCUGUGAGGUUUCAACACUUGGGGGUUUCAUUGGCAUUGUAAACAGAGAUCUUGAAUCAUCAAAAUUCUUCAUUCACAACGCAAUUAAUAUUUGAUGUGACUUAUGGCUUUCGAAUGAAUGACAAGAACAAGCUUUUUACAUAAACAAUUGUGGUAGCUUGUACGCUUCCGUCAUACUGAAAGGGCAAAUUUAACCAAAGAUUUUUUUCUUUAACUUCAGUUUGAAUAAGUGUUAUACUUUACAGUCUUACAACAAGCAUUCCUUAGCUUCCCGAGCUCAUUAGCAAUGAUGGAUUUUACUUUUUCAAUGUUAUAAUCACUGUUUACUGUUCAAAACACAUACUUUUAAAACAUUCCUACUUUAUUGAUGACCACAUUGAUUAAUAAUGCUCACAAUAAUAUGCAACUCAAUGGUAAUCCUUAAUCACACAUGGCUGCAGUAUGUGUCUUAUAAUUCAUGGCAAAUUGCAAUACAUUGUGCAAUAUGUACUCAGUGUAACAUAGUGUAUAUAUGCUGCUUUAUAUUGCAUUUGUUGAAGUGAAUGUAAACUUUACAGAGUCAGAAAAGGGAGGAAGGGGGUAUGUGAUGUGGCAUUGCUCCACCCAUUUACUCAAAUGUUUUAUAUGAUUCCCCAAGCUUUUAAAUGCUGUUGCAAAUUAAAGGAUGUGUAACUUUAGAAUGGAUGGGCUUUUGACCAAACGUCCUUGUUCAAUUAUUGGAAUAUUAACUAUCAAUUGAUUCAUUGUAAUUUUGUUACUGUUUUUAAUGAGGUGAGAGAACCUCUCUGAAUGUUCUGGAGCCCCUGUUUCUGUGCCAUUGUCAUACUGAGCAGAUUAAUGCGACCUGGAGGACUCGUCAUAGUAGAUAUUUCUAUAUAUGAAGCUCAACUUAAUGU